UUUUUCUCUCUGGACAUGUCAGUUUGUGGUACUGAAUAUCUGAGAGGACCAUAGAAUUCGUGACAUUAUUUCUGUAUAUUAGAAUCUCUUCACACAGCAAACUCUUCAACUACAGAAUGAUCACUGACCAUUCCUAAAUCUGUGUAUAUGUUUGGGGGAGAAAAUCUGUUCUACAACCAUCACUUCUUUUUAUUCUAGUCUCUUAAGCUAAUUUCAAUUUCUUCCUCCUUAGAGAUGUUAGAAAUGUAUGGAUACAUCAUUUUAGUUUGGUUCUGCUGAAAUGUUUAUGUUAAAACAGAAAGAAAUGUUUGUAGUAACACAAUAUGAAUGUGUAGGACAGGAGUGAGCAAACUAUGACCCUUGGGCCAAAUGUAGCCAGCAGUGUACAGAGGUUUUUACAUUUUUAAAGGGUAGUGGGUUGGGGGAAAAACCAAAGAAUAUGGAACAGAGACUAUAUGUGUCUCACAAAAUUUAAAGUAUUUACUAUCUGGCCCUUUACAGAAAAGUUUGCAGAUCUGCAGCUUGGGCUGGCAUCAUGUGUUCAGGUUUAAAGCCUUAACAUUUAGAGCAGCUGGUAUCUCUUUGAACUUUAGGCUUGGACUCUUAUGGACUACUGCCUGCUGUACCAGGGUAAAUUAUACUCUAUUUAUUCUAGUGUACUAUUUAGUUGACUAGAUGUUAGUACUAUUUAUAUAAUCUAGUGGUUUCCAAUUCUGGCUGCAUUUUUAAAUCAUCUGGAGAGCUUUAAAAACACUGUUGCCUAGGCGCCUACCCCAGAGAUCCUGAUUUCAGGAUCUGAAGGAGAACCUGGGCAUAGGUGUUUUCCUACCUUAUCUUCAGAAAGAUUGAUUCUAAUGUUCAAGCAGGUCUGAGAACCACAGGCCUAAACCACUUAAUGGUCUAUUCAUGGAUUAACAACUAUCCCAUAUUCUUAGGCAGUUUUUAUUCACAUUGUUCAUUAGAAAUAUAAUAAAGAUGAAUUAUACAAAUUGCUCUUUAAUUUCAAAACAGAAGUGUUGCUGAGGGAAAUUUUAGCUGAGACAACUUUGAAAUGUGAGGAGCAUAUGAAACAGAUAAUGCAGAGCCCAGAGAAAUAGAAUUUAAAAGAUAGGAACUGAAAGGAACAUGCCGGAAAAAAAAAGAAAAGAAAAGAAAAAAAACACUCAGAAUCUCAAUACACAAAUCACUGAGUAGAUUUCUUGCUGUCUGGGUAAGUGUAUCUAUUUUCAAAAGUGCUAUUAACAUAAACAGAGCAGUAAAUCUGGGGCACCAUAGUUUUUUUUUUUUUUUAAGUUGUUAAGAAGAAUUAUAUCAGUCUGCAGGUGUCACACGCAGUUACUCAGAAUCAGAAAGAAGGCUGAUCGGGGGUUAGAAGAUCUCCAUCUAUCUAAAUUUUUGCAACCAACCACGUCCAGGCUGUUUAUUUAAUACUUCCUCUUGCUAAUGAAGAUACUCGUUGGGGAUGGGUCGGGCUUUCCCAUCUCAGCAUAAGACUGCAAGAUUUGAACGUGCCCUGGUGCUGGCUUCACUGACCACAGCAGGUACCCCAGGCAAGAAUCUGAGCAGUAAUAACAGCAAGUGCGGAGGCAAGACACAUCAAAGCAGAGAUGGGAAGUGAAAGAGCUCUCGUUCUGGACAGAUUAGCAAGCAAUGUGGCAAAACGAAAAAGCUCAAUGCCUCAGAAAUUCAUUGGUGAGAAGCGCCACUGCUUUGACGUCAACUAUAAUCCUAGCUAUAUGUACGAGAAAGAGAGUGAGAUAAUCCAGACCCGGAUGAUGGACCAAGCCAUCAAUAAUGCCAUCAGCUACCUUGGUGCCGAAGCCCUUCGCCCCUUGGUCCAGACCCCACCUGCUCCCACCUCAGAGAUGGUUCCAGUUAUUAGCAGUAUGUAUCCCAUAGCCCUCACCCGUGCCGAAAUGCCAAAUGGUGCCCCCCAAGACCUAGAAAAGAAGAAUAUCCACCUGCCAGAGAAGAGCUUGCCCUCUGAAAGAGGCCUCUCCCCCAACAAUAGUGGCCAUGACUCCACGGACACGGACAGCAACCACGAAGAACGCCAGAAUCACAUCUACCAGCAAAAUCACAUGGUUCCCCCUAGGGCCCGCAAUGGGAUACCACUGCUGAAGGAGGUCCCCCGCUCUUAUGAACUCCUCAAGCCUCCACCCAUCUGUCCGAGAGACUCCAUCAAAGUGAUCAGCAAAGAAGGGGAGGUGAUGGAUGUGUAUCGGUGUGACCACUGUCGAGUCCUCUUCCUGGAUUACGUGAUGUUCACUAUUCACAUGGGUUGCCACGGCUUUCGUGACCCUUUUGAGUGUAACAUGUGCGGAUAUCGAAGCCAUGAUCGGUAUGAGUUCUCAUCUCACAUAGCCAGAGGAGAGCACAGAGCCAUGCUAAAAUGAACAUCUGGUCCCAGAGAUGAUUUAUGCCUGAGCAUUCGACAUCAUUUGUAAAAACCGACACCCCGCCUAACAAGUUAUUCUCCAAACAAACUCAGUUCCAAGCCCCUUUCCAUACCACUUUUAGUGUCCAAAGGGUCAAGUUCACAUGGACAACAGAGAAAUGCUGUCUUCAUUCAGAAAUUGUUUGCAGAUAUAUCAUGUUAUCAUUCUUGUGAGACCUUUGUUUUCUCAUCGGGGACUUGAGUUUUUAUGACAUUUAAAAGCCAAUGAAGUAUUUGGUCAUUACCUUUUGCAGCAAUAGAACAAGCAGUCCUUGGAGUUUGUUGCCAGUCAAAAGAGUCCCCCAGCUGUGCUGCAUGAGACGUUCUUUCUGAGAUACAAUGUCAUACGUGGAAAAGUCAUUCACCCAGGUCCACAAGAAGAGCUCACCAGCUAACCUCGGUGGGAAGACAUGCCCUUCUGCACUUAACAGAGGCUGAAAGUCUAGGAUAUAAUCUCCUCGUCCCUAAUUAGAGUCUAAUAGUAAGGAAAAGAACAGCGAUAAAAUAAGUAUCUGUUACCAGUUACUGAAGACCCCAAUCUCCAAGCAGCAGACCCAUUUCUUAUCACACAAGGAAAAAAAAA